AUGCUGCUGCCACCUUCCGAACCGAGUCAGAGUCAGCCGACAAACCGGCGCUCGACUCAGCGUUCCACACUCGAUUCCCAAUCGCAACGUGACUCUCAGCCCCAUGCGCCGUCAUCACCAUUAUUCGUCAACCCGUCCUCAGAAUUGGGCUACCCUUCGUCAGAGGGUGACCGACGGAUGACCGGGGGAUCCAGUCCCUUACACUACUCGUCGCUGAACCCGCCCACCAGUGAUUUGGGUGGUCAAUUAAUGAGUGAUCGGGAGCGUAUCCAAAGACGUCACCGUCGGGGUGAAUUACAAGCGACGCUGUCGCCUCACCAGCGGCGAAUGUUGUUUUCCGGUGAACCUGAGUCUCUGACGGGUCGAUUAGGCCGUGGGGGUAUGCUCUCGCUGUCUCUGGCAUUGGGCACUGACCCCAUGACCGAUGGCAUUGCCGGCGACUCUCGUGUGAUUUGGGGUACCAACAUCCUGGUAGCCGAAGCACAGAAUACUUUCCGCGACUUCUUGCUUAACUUCAAGUACAAGUACCGUCGGCAGUUAGAUGACGAAAUUGGUAUCGAUGAUGAAGAAGAUAAUAAGUUUUACUACCAGCAAAUUAUGGGGGUGAUGAUUGAUACUGGUGCUGACGUUCUCAACUUGGAUGCUCGCAACUUGUUGUCCACUCCUAAUACCCAAAAAUUAUACCACCAAUUGGUCAACUACCCCGCAGAAAUCAUCCCUUGUAUGGAUCAGGCAAUCAAGGAAUGUCUCAUGGAAAUUGCUCGCGAUCGAAACAUGCCUGGUGAUGUCGUCGACAACGUCGAAACCACCAUGUACAACACUCGUCCGUACAAUGUCAACAUCGCCACCAAGGGGAUCCGUGAACUUAACCCUGGUGACAUUGACAAAUUGGUCACGGUUAAGGGGUUAGUAUUGCGGACCACGUCGGUGAUUCCCGAUAUGAAGGUGGCCUUCUUCCGGUGUAACGCGUGCGGGCACACGGUGGCAGUGGAAAUUGAUCAAGGGGUUAUUGUCGAACCCCGGCGCUGUCCGCGUACGGUCUGUGGCCAGCCUAACUCGAUGCAAUUAAUUCACAACCGGUCCCUGUUCGACGAUCGCCAAGUUAUCAGACUUCAAGAAACUCCCGACAUGGUCCCUGAUGGGCAAACGCCUCACAGUAUCAACUUGUGUGCUUAUGGGGAGUUGGUGGAUGCUGUUCGUGCAGGGGACCGUAUCGAAGUUUGUGGUAUUUUCCGGUCGUCGCCUCAACGGGUCAAUCUGCGACAAAGAGCGGUGAAAUCCCUUUACAAGACUUAUCUUGAUAUCGUUCACAUUUCCAAGAUUGAUUCUAAGCGUAUGGCCCCUGAUUCGUCGACGCUUGCGACCGAACUGGCCGCUCUCUCCCAGGGUACCGUGCAAGAACUGCGUCAACUCACUGCUCAAGAUAUCCGUAACUUCACCGACAUCUCUCGUCGUGAUGACUUGUACGAAUGUCUUGCUCGACUGAUAGCGCCGUCGAUCUACGAAAUGGACGAUGUGAAAAAGGGGAUCUUGCUUCAGUUAUUUGGUGGUACCAACAAGACUUUCAAAAAGGGGGGUCGCUACCGUGGUGACAUCAAUGUUUUGCUUUGUGGUGAUCCCUCCACCUCAAAGUCUCAACUUUUGCAAUACGUGCACAAGAUUGCUCCUAGAGGUGUGUACACUUCCGGUAAAGGGUCAUCGGCUGUGGGUUUGACGGCUUACGUCACUCGUGAUGUCGACACCAAGCAAUUGGUGCUUGAGCUGGGGGCGUUGGUUCUUUCCGAUGGGGGUAUCUGUUGCAUUGAUGAAUUCGAUAAAAUGAGUGACACCACGCGUUCGGUAUUGCACGAAGUGAUGGAACAGCAGACCAUCUCCAUCGCUAAAGCUGGGAUCAUCACCACUUUGAAUGCGCGGACGUCGAUCUUGGCGUCGGCUAAUCCGAUCGAUUCGCGUUACAACCCCGAUCUCCCCGUCACCGCUAACAUUGAUUUGCCCCCGCCGUUGCUUUCUCGGUUCGACUUGGUCUACCUCAUUUUGGAUAAGGUCGACGACAAAACUGAUCGUCAACUUGCUAAGCACUUGACGCUGAUGUACAUCGAAGACGCUCCUGCUACGGUAGCUCUGAGUGACAUCAUCCCCAUCGACACCCUCACUGGCUAUAUUCAGUACGCUAAGGAUACAUUCUCGCCGGUGAUGCUGGAAGAAGGCAAGAAUGAAUUGGUCCGUGCUUACGUCGACAUGAGAAAGCUUGGUGAAGACGCUCGGUCGCUGGAAAAGCGUAUCACUGCCACUACCCGUCAACUUGAGCUGAUGAUCCGGUUAUCGGAAGCCCAUGCAAAGAUGCGGUUCUCGCAAUCAGUUGACCUCAUCGACGUUAAGGAAGCGGUGCGUCUUAUCAAGCUGGCCAUCAAGGACUACGCUACUGACCCCGUCACCGGGAGAAUUGAUAUGGACUUAGUGCAAACGGGUACGACCCAAGCCCAACGUCGCCAACAAGAAGACUUGGCUAAGGAAAUCUUGCGUAUUCUUGACGACACCAACACCGGGACCAUGCGGUUCACUGAGUUGGCAAUCAAGGUUAACGACAACGCCUCCGGUUUCCGGGUGGAAAACCAUGACCUUAACGAAGCCAUCAAACGGUUGGUUGACGAAGGUCGUGUCGCUGUUACCGGUGAUGCUCACCGGCGGACGAUUCGUAAGUUGGGUCUCUAG